CCUUCUGGGUGGCCAGAUUUCCCUAGCUGGGCCCUGCCCUUUAAAACUUCAACUCUUUCUGGUCCGGAAGAGGAAUAUUGUUUCCGGAAGAAACCCGGAAGGGCACUCAGAAACUGGGGUUCAGGGAGGAGAUGAAGCAUGCGCUAGAAUCCAAGAGGAAGUGGGAACAGAGUGCAAAAAAGCUCCCACCAAGAUGCUGCUGCUGCUGUUGCUACUGCUGCCCCUGCUCCUGCUUUGGUGGCAGAGGAGCCACCCUACACUGCAGCAUAGCCUAGCCUUACAAGCCCUGGGCUGGACAGCAACCUGGAAGCAUCGGCAACUGGAGAAGAGCACAAGUCGUAUCCAUCGAAGCCAGGAGCAGGUGUUGCAUCGGUGUCUUCAGGGACCCUGGACUGCCACCUGCCCACUAGGGGAAAUACCAGACUUGAACAGUUUCCGGAAUCAGUUCCCUCUCGUUUGGCCCUGCCUGGACCCCCACAGCAAGACAGGGGAGAGAGAUGAGGGCUUGACAAUGCCACAGCAUCCCCAGUCCAACUCUACCCCCUGGGAUUCUUCUUUACAGGUCACAUUGCUGAGUUUCAAUUCCCUGAAACAGUUGUAUCCAGGGGCACUAGUCCCAGGAGGCACUGCCCGUUUGACCCUCACUUCCCCCUGGCCUACCUCCCUCCCCUGGCCCCUGAGGCCCCUGGCCUGGGCUUGUCCCCCUGGGACAGGAGCAGGGGACCCUCGGACACUGCUUCUGGCAGCUCUUAGAACCACGGAGCUGCAGGUGCUAGAGGCCGGAACAGCAACUGAAUUGCUGGACGUCUUCUCCUGCCUUGGGGCUGACUGGGAGGGGCUGGUAGAGGCAGUGGCUGCCGGCAUGCCUAGCUUCUUGCCCCCUGCCCCUACCCGGGCAGCAGAGCUGAAAACUGAACUGGAGCAGGGACCCCAGGGACUGGCUCGAAGGCUCUGGCCCCAGCUGCAGGUGGUGGUGAUGAAGGACGCAGGGGGGCAAGACGUGGCCAAGGCUGCGUUGGAGGCUACCUGGUGCCAAGGGUUGCCUUUCUUCUCACCUGCUUAUGUAGCUGCUGGAGGUGUGAUUGGAUUGAACCCAUGCCUAAAGCAACUAAAGCCAGGAUACCUUUUACUCCCAGGACCUCCCUUUAUAGAACUGCUCCCAGCCAGGGAGAAGAGUCAAGAGGAGGCCCCCUCCACCCUCCUACUAGGGGAGGCCCAGCAGGGGGAAGAAUAUGAACUGGUGCUGACCAAUGAUGCUAACCUCAUCAGGUGCCCCCUGGGGGAUGUGGUUCAAGUCAUUGGCUUCUACAAUCAGUGUCCUCUGGUUAGAUUUGUCCGAAGGUUGAGCCAGUCCCUCAAUGUCCGAGGAGAAGGCAUCUCUGAAGAUGUGUUCUCUGGGGCAUUGCUACAUGCUGUGGGGCUCUGGCCAGGGGCCAAGUUGCUGGAUUACUGUUGUGCAGAGAGUAGCAUUCUGGGCUCCAUCUCUGAUGGUUCAGCUCCCCACUACGAAGUGUUUGUAGAACUGAGAGGGGUAAGGGGCUUGUCUGAGGACCAUCGACACAAGCUCGAUCACUGCCUCCAGGAAGCCUCCCCCACCUACAAGUCUCUCCGUUUUCGAGGCAGUAUUGGACCUGCCCAAGUCCACCUGGUGGGCCAAGGGGGCUUUAGUGCACUCCGGGACCUCCUUUCCUCCUCUCCCUCAUUGACUCCCUUUUCCUCCUUUCCCCCAGAGAUGCCCCGGGUCCUGAGACAUAAAAACCUGAUCCAGUUUCUGCUGAGGAGGGUGGUAUCUUGAGUGUCCUCUGUGUCCCACCUCCAUCACAGGGCAUCUCUCUCUUUCUCCUAUGACUCUGUGAAACCCCAUAGUUCAGGGGACUCUCUGAGUCUAGGGGUCACCCUAGUAUCUCUGUGCUCUCUCAGUGGGCAAAAAAAAAUCUCACUUGGGAACCCUAACAGCCAGUUUUCCUGUCCUCUAUCCAGGCUGAGUGAUGCUAAUUUAAGCUGCUGGGCAGUGAAGGACUGGAUUGGGGCAGGGGAGGGGUGUGUGUGAGUGGAGUUACUGGAGGUGAGGGCACCAGGAGGUAAGGACCAUAGUCCCUUUUCCUUCCCCUAGAGAAUGGGUAUUGGUGAAUAUCAUGCUGUCCCUUCUGUUCCGAUGAACUAACACUGACUCGAUUUUUAAACAUAGGGACUAGGACAGGGAUAAACAUUAAGUCCUUGAUUUCAUUAAUAUAGAGAUCUGGAUGAGAAAGCUCUACCAAUGCAGGUCAGCACCUCCUCUGCUUCUAAGAGAGUACUGAGAGGUUGUGACUUUCCCAGGAACACAUAGCCAUUAUGUGCCCAAGGCAUGACUGGAACCCAGAUCUUCAUGACUUCAAGGCCAUCUCUAUCUACUGUGCCACACUGUCUGUCCAUCUCUAAGAGAUAAGGUGUAAAAUCAGAAAUUAGGAAGGGCAAUGUUAAGUCAUUCCCCCUUCUCAUGCCUCUAACAAGCUAGGGGUCUCUAAGCUAGAAAGGGACGACUCUCUCCAUCUGUCCUCCCCUCCCUUCACCCACAUUCCCUUUACCAUAGUUUGGCAGCAGCCUCUUGCCAGUUAUCCAGUCUCCAUUCCCAAGAACCUAUACAGAUACAGGACCGGCAAGUGAUAUCAUGUAGGGGGGGAAGCGCUUUCAGAGACAUUAUAUUCUGAGCCCUGUUGCAAGCACAUAGUUUUCUGGAAUGUCAGAACUGGAAGGAAGACUUAGAAAUCAUCUAAGCUAAUGCCCUCAUUUUAGAGAAGAGGAAACUGAGUCCCAGAGAGGUGAAGUCAUUUGCCAAAGGUCACACAACUAGUUUGUGGACAAGCCAGGAGCCUCAUUCUGUUCUCCAUUCUGCUAAUGCAUUAUUCUUUAUUCCCAUUUCUACACUGUUAUUCCUUCUGCCUUGGUAUUAGGGUAGAAAUGGUAUGGGGCAGUAAUAAUAAAAGUCUAUAGGAACCCUAACUAGUCCCUGAGCCUAGGCACAGGAGAAAGUUGGCAUCUGCUUCCGAAGAAAUCUGUCAACAGGAGGCAGCUAGGUGGCGAAGUGGAUAAAGCCCUGUUUUCAGGAGGACCUGAGUUCAAAUGUGACCUCAGACACUUGACACUUACUAGCUGUGUGUCCCUGGGCAAGUCAUUUAACCCUGAUUACCCCGAAAAAAAAAAAAAGAAAUCUGUCAACAAGCCAAGUCACAAUAAACUUACCUAG